AUGGCUGACAACAAGGAAUAUACCAACGAGGUUAUCCACCAGACCAACUCAGAGAAUGGCGACCUCAAGAGCGGCAUUGCUGAAGUCAAGGUCAUUACUGGAUCCGAAGCACUCCUAGAGGCACUGGCCAAGGAGCCCGUUUCCCUCGUCACCUGGCACGCGUUUGUCCUCUACGUCUGUGCUUUGGUCGGCUUCAUGUGCUCCACUUGCAACGGUUUCGACGGAUCCAUGUUCAACUCCCUCCUCACAAACUCCACUUUCAAGGAGUACUACGGAGUCGAGAGUACCGGUGCUUGGGCUGGUAUCGUUACUUCCAUGUACCAGAUUGGCGGUGUCUGCGCUCUUCCUUUCAUCGGACCUGCUUGCGAUACCUGGGGCCGCAGAUAUGGAAUGAUGAUCGGUGGUGCUAUUGCCGCCGCAGGUGUUAUCAUCCAGGCCACCACAAAGCCCGGUGGCAGCGCUGUUGGCCAGUUCAUGGGUGGUCGUCUGUUGCUUGGUUUCGGUGUGCCGAUUCUUACUACUGCCGGACCCCUUCACGUCAUCGAAACCGCUCACCCAGCUCACCGCGGUAUCAUCACUGGUCUCUACAACACUUUCUGGUUCGUUGGUUCUCUUCUCGCCGCCGGUGUCACUCGUGGCUCCGUCGGCCUUUCCGGCAACAUGAGCUGGAUCGUCCCCGUCUGGAUGCAGAUCCUCUUCCCCGCGAUGGUUCUUAUCCUCGCUUGGUUCCUUCCUGAGUCUCCCCGCUGGCUCUACGCUCGCGGCAAACACGCCGAAGCUAAGAAGGUCCUCGCCAAGUACCAUGGUCUCGGAAAGGAGGACAGCGUCUGGGUCAACAUGCAGAUCAACGAGUACGAGGAGUACCUGAACUUGGAUGGUGCCGAUAAGCGCUGGUGGGACUACAGUGCGCUAUUCAAGCACCGCGCUUCCCGCUACCGUCUUGCUUGCAACGUCUGCGUUACUGUCUUCAGUCAGUGGGCCGGCAACGGUGCGGUCGACUACUUCCUCGAUGGUGUGCUGGAAUCCGCUGGUGUCACCGAGCAGCUGAAGAAGAUGAACAUCAACUUGGGCAAGUCUUGCAUGCAACUGACCUUCGCUGUCACCGGUGCCUUCUUUGUUGACAGGCUUGGUCGUCGUCCCAUGAUGAUCGGUACCUUUGGCAGCAUCAGUUUCAUCUGGGCCGCAGCCAUUAUCGCCGUUGCCAUGCAGGAGAAGACCCAUGCCGACGCUGCUAGCAACGCCUUCAUCGCCUUCAUCUUCAUCUUCAACGCCAUCUACGCCUUCGGUAUCACGCCCCUCCAGGCUCUGUACCCCGUCGAGGUCCUGUCUUUCGAGAUCCGCGCCAAGGGCAUGGCUUUCUCCAACUUGUCUCUCACCGUCGCCAUGAUGAUCAACCAGUUCGCGUACCCCAUCGCGCUCAAGAACAUCAGAUGGAAGCUGUACAUUGUCUUCGCCAUCUGGUGCCCCAUUCAGGCCGCGGUUGUCUACGUGUUCAUUCCAGAGACCAAGAAGAGGACGCUCGAGGAAAUCGAUGAUAUCUUCAACAGCCCCAACCCCCGCAAGGCGUCGCUCGCCAAGAAGAAGGUUGCCACCGAUGCCCGCGGCAACAUCCUUGAGGUCGAGAAGAUCUAG